AUGAGUGAUUUGCAUCAGAGUGGUGAAAUACUUGAAGAACCACAGAAUUUAAGUCAAAACGAGUAUUCAGUAGAGGAAAAUGCAUCAGAUAUUGAAAUAGAUUCAAGCAAGAACAAUGUUAAGGAUUUGAAACCCGGAAAAAAAAGAGCAACACACUCAGAUUGGUUAUUUUUUUUAACAAGUUUAAUGGAUGUUGCAAAGCCUGCUUUUUGUUCUAGAAAAAAGGUGAGAGAUACCACCUGGAAAAACUUAUUGAAACAAUUCAAUAAGGAAACGGGCUUGAAUUACAAACAGGUUCGUACUUUAAAAACAAAAUUUUAUCAGUUUAAAGAGGAAUGUGAUCGUAAAGAUUCUGAAAAUAAAACUAAAACGGGCAAAGGCACCGAAGACGGUCCCACAGCUGAAGCAUAUAUCAUUCACCAAAUUGAAAAUAUGCUUGAUGAACUAGAUAAAAUAGAGGAAAGAGAAAGAAAUGAACAAGAAGAAAGGGAAAAAAAUAAAAAUAAAUUAAUGGAAAGAGCUCUUAGGAAAGUCAAAAUGCAACCUAACAUUCUCAAUAGUCCAGCUAGUUCUGAAAGUAUUACUUUUUCUGAAUCAACGCCUGAUGAAUUGAAAAUUAAUGAUAAAACACAGGACGAUAGAGUCUUUAGGUUAUUGGUAUCUUAUACUGAUAAUAAAACUAGUAAGAAAGAUAGAAUUAAACAAAGAAAACGUAGACAUAAAUUAGAAAAGAAUUUAAAAGUAUUAAAGAAUGAUAUAGAAGAUUUAAAAGUAGUAAAGAAUGAUAUAGAAGAUUUAAAAGUAUUAAAGAAUGAUAUAGAAGAUUUAAAAGUAGUAAAGAAUGAUAUAGAAGAAUUGAAAGUAGUAAAGAAUGAUAUAGAAGAAUUGAAAGUAGUAAAGAAUGAUAUAAAAGAAUUGAAAGAUAAUGUACAAACAAUUAAGAACAGCUCUGAUAUCUUCCAGAAACAAAUUAUCGAUUUAUUACAAAAUUCAAAUGACAAAGCAGGAAAAAACUAG